UACAAACAUGGCGUCUGCUGAUCUGAGAGAGGAGCUAACCUGCCCCAUCUGCCUGAAUUUUUAUACAGAUCCUGUAACUCUGAGAUGUGGCCAUAACUUCUGCCUGGGCUGUAUUAAGAGUGUGCUGGGUACGCAGAAGAGGUCUGGGGUUUAUACCUGUCCUGUGUGCAGAAAGAGUUUUAAUAAGAGACCUGAGCUUCAGAGAAACAUAGCGCUGUGUAACAUAGUGAGGAAUUUACAGAUUACUGAGCAAGAGCACAAAGACACUGGUAUCUUCUGCACUUACUGUAUUCACUCUCCUGUACCUGCUACUAAAUCCUGUCUGCUGUGUGAGGCUUCUCUGUGUGAUCCCCACCUGAGGUCACACAACAAGUCUGAGGAACACGUCCUAACUGAACCCACCACUUCCUGGGGUAACAGAAAAUGCUCCAUACACAGGAUGCUGCUGAAAUAUUACUGCACUGAGGAUGCUACCUGUAUCUGUGUGUUCUGCUCCCUGGCCGGAGAGCACAGGGGACACCAGGUGGAGCUGCUGAAUGAGGCUUCUGAGAAGAAGAAAAAGAGAUUGAGAGAUGUUCUGCAGAAACUGACCACAAAGAGAGAGAAGACUGAGAAAAGAGUCCAGAGUCUGCAGGAGCACAGGAGAGGGGUGCAACAGAAAGCAGCUGGUGUAACAGAACGACUCACUGCCCUGAUUAGGGACAUCAGGAAACAGCUGGAAGACCUAGAGAAGCGAGUCCUGAGUGACAUCACCCGGCAGCAGGAGCAGGUUUUACUCACAAUCUCUAAUCAGAUCCAGCAGCUGGAAAAAGAGAAGGACGAGCUGACCAGAAAGAUGAGUCAAAUCGAGGAGCUGUGCAACAUGACUGACCCAUUAACUGUCCUACAAGAACAGGAAUCACACAGAGAUGACUUUUGUGGUGCUGAGAAAGGAGAUAAUGAGGUCACACAGAGAGGUGAUAAACAGGUCCCUGCUGGGGGGCAUUUGUAUGAGGAUCUGAUCUCAGUGGCCUUAUACAGAGGUUUAGCUGAUAUUGUGUCUGAUGUAAAGAGAGAGCUGUAUGUGCAGGUGACAGACAUAUUUCUAGAUAUAAACACAGCUCAUAAUAAUGUUAUUGUAUCAGGUGAACUGAAAACGGCAUCCUGCUCAGGUAUAAACCAGCAGCGACCAGAAACACCAGAGAGAUUUACUUAUUAUCCUCAGGUAUUGAGCACCAGGAGCUUUUCCUCAGGACGACAUUACUGGGAAGUGCAAAUCAGUAAAUCGGGGCACUGGUGUGUAGGGGUUUGUUAUACCAGUAUGGGGAGGGGAGAACGUCAGUCUUGGAUAGGAAACAACAACAAGUCCUGGGGUUUGAAUAGUGAUAAAGAUCUUUCAGUGGUCCAUAACACAAUGCGCAUCUCAUUACAUCCCCCUCUGUCAUGUGACACAGUAGGAAUACUGCUGGACUAUGAGGCUGGGCGUCUGACCUUCUUUAAGCUGUGUGACCCGGUCAGACACUUAUACACCUUCACUACCACCUUCACUGAGCCUCUUCAUGCUGCAUUCUGUGUAUGGGGUGAAGGUGCCUGUGUGAGCAUCCUGCACUAGAUACACUGACCAUAAUAAUAAUGCUACAUUCUGGGUAUGGGGUGAUGGUGCAUUCUGGGUAUGGGAUGAUGGUGCAUUCUGGGUAUGGGGUGAUGAUGCAUUCUGGGUAUGGGGUGAUGGUACCUGGGUGAGAAUCCUAGCUAGAUACACUGUUACAUAAUAAUAAUGCUGCAUUCUGGGUAUGGGGUGAUGGUGCAUUCUGGGUAUGGGGCGAUGGUGCAUUCUGGGUAUGGGGUGAUGGUACCUGGGUCAGAAUCCUGCGCUAGAUACACUGUUACAUAAUAAUAAUGGUGCAUUCUGGGUAUGGGGUGAUGGUGCAUUCUGGGUAUGGGGGGAUGGUGCAUUCUGGGUAUGGGGGGAUGGUGCAUUCUGGGUAUGGGGUGAUGGUGCAUUCUGGGUAUGGGGUGAUGGUACCUGGGUGAGAAUCCUGCACUAGAUACACUGUCACAUAAUAAUAAUAAUGAUGCUGCCUGUGAGCCAGUGACGUUUGUGCAUUGUACACAUUGUGUAUGAACUGGGGAUGAAAUAAAAUAAGAUAUUUAUGCAUGAAA